AUGGCACGUGGACAGGAAACGAACCAGUUUGUGAACGUAAGGACACAGAGUAUAUACUACCUAGAAGUCCGACUUCUUGUCGGCGGUUUUGAUGUCGGCUAGUGUAACCGGCCGUCAUGUUCCUAGCCAGUGCGCUUGAUGGGAGAGGCCGUCAUCCUCCUUGGAAACAGUCAAAUUUAUAGGCUUGUUUUAGACGUUUAGCGCAGCGCAGGAGGGUAAAUGCCUCCCAUUGCGCACUAUCUUGCAGCCGGUAACGGGGAUUAUACCUAAUCGGACCUCCAUAUUAUCUAUACUCUGUGGCACGACUGGCAUAGAGUAUUCUGUAGCAAACAGAUAGAUUAUUCGUGACGACCGAUUAUCUAGUAUACAGGCCGUCUAGUCACUACAAACGGCUUGCUUGCGGAGUUUACUUAUACCCACGAUAUGUUUAUGUAUAUAAUGAUUUAUUAAAACCUCCAGUCUAAAGCCACUGGGAAAAAAUACGCCCGUAGAUGGCUGCUGAAUAGACGAAAAAGCGUAGUGGCGUUUCCACAGUACGCUUGAGUCAUUCAACGAGAUGAUGCCAAAAGGACAUUGUCUUCCCCAUUGAUAGGUUUGCAUAAACAUACACAAUAAAAUAUUCGCAGACUUUCCAGACCUUACCUUGUUUGACUAUAUGUAUCGACUAUGACUACGGAUAACGUUUUUCUGACCAGUUCAAUCCUUAAUUGAAGGUGAUCCAUAUACCGUAGGGCCAGUAUAGACACCAAUAGUACACAUAAAUUUUUGGAGAUGUAUAAUGGAGUGCUGGCAGUAGAAGGUAUAUGGAUAAAUGUCGAAAUUCUGGGCAUUUUCCAUUGCUUCUCGUAGAUGGAAUUUUCGAACGCAAAUUUCUAUACACCUUUAGAGAGAUGCAGCGGAAUAGCAGGACCACGGGUUCGAUUCCUGCCAGACGGCUUCUACUGUAGUUCCAUUUCUCCCAACUGUUCCUGCUUAGGUGUAAAAGUGGAUAAAAUAUAUUUACGUUCGAAAAUAUCACAUACGAAAACCCAUUAUACCCUAUUUGUCCUACGAAGACUGAGACUUAAACAACCUCGUACCCAGGGUUUUUUGCUCCCGCGGUUGGAUGGUCAGCGAAAAAAUCCCUGGCAUUGGCUGGUCUGUUUUGCAACUUGAUUGGUCAAUGAUUUUGAAUGUAAGUAAUCAUAAUUCAAUAUAUUACCACAUAUUAAUAUGAUUGAAUUUUGAGUACUUACAUUCAAUAAUAAUUAUUUUGGUGGAACUAUUUGGUCCAAAUUAAGUCUUAAAGUUUGUACAUUUUGUAUAAAGAAGUAUUUACUUCGGUUCAACAUACAUUUCUCACAUGCGUCGUUUAUACAUCUUUGAUUUCAAGAAACAUACAGCGUAAUAAUGAAAUAAAGAUUAUGAUACGAAUAUGUUUGCUCAUAACACGAUUUAUAUAAAGCAAAGGCUGAAGCGGUUUGGUUGUUCAUUAAGAAUUUAAUCACAGGGUAACCAGACCCUGAAUAAUUAUGUUUAAAAGUCAUCAAUAUGACGGGCUAUGUUGCUGGAUGCAGUGGUGUAAGCCGAUUAAAAUCAACUUAUUUUGUUUCUUUCUCACCGAUAACGCUGCAUUAAGAGUGUUUACUUAUAAUAAUUAAAAUGUAUGUAAUUAUUCUAUAUACGUACUUAUACGCAUAAUUUAUCAUAAUUGAACACCCCAAGUCCUGGAGGUUUUGAGGUCAUGUGACCGGCCGAUACCAGGGCCAUUUUCGUUGACCGGAAGCAAAAUGCCCUGGGUACGAGGUUGAGACUUAAAGCAGUUUAUUCUUACAGUCAACAGCUGUCAAGAUCCAGGAACGCCAUGGAGAGGAAACAGGAAAGGAAUUCUAUAAGUUGGAAAAACGCUCCACUUCUCAUGUGAUCAGUGCUACCAACUUAAGGGUAGCCCAACUAGAACAUGUCAAUCUGAUCAUAGCUGGUCGGGUCGUCAACCCACGUGCACUGGUAAGUUUCGUGGAAAUCACUUUUUCGUUUUUACUCCUGAGUUUUCAGUUUGCAGCAACUUUCUACUUUAGCGCCGAAUGAUUUCCAUAAAUUAACAGUGGAAUAGCCGUGGUGGUUGUGUGAGUCUCUCGUCAUAACCUCCAGUACUGUUCUUGUGAAAAAAUGAAAUCCGGGUAAAAAGUAUGUGAGUCCGAGGGGCUAUGUCUGGAGUAACGUUGAGAUAUGUUAUGGGUUUCGGGAUGAUAAUCUUUCUUCAAAACUCGUCUUAGAAUUCGAGAAAUGCUGUUCUAUAGAUACCCUGGUUCCAGAGGUUUAUUUUUAUUAUUUUCAUUACGAAGGGGAGAGGAAAAUAAACCUCUGGUUGAAAGCGGCAAUUGAUUCAUCGAGCCGCGGCAAUCAGUUUGAAUUAGGGUCAGAUCCUGACUCAGUCUCCUGAUUGGAUGAUUGUAUUAAAGCUCUCUGAUUUAUUCAAAUAAAACAUCUAUAACCAAUCAGAGAGCUUUAAUACAAUCAUCCAAUCAGGAGACAGAGUCAGGAUCUGACCCUAAUUCAAACUGAUUGGCGCGGCUCGACGAAUCAAUUGCAGCUUUCAAUCAGAGGUUUAUUUUAAACCUCUGGAACCAGGGUAUUCUAUAGGCAACACAGCUGAAAUUCAAAGUUUUGUAUUUGUCCAAAUAAAAAUUAAUUAAGUUCUAGAAAAUAGUCUCUGAAAUCCUGAAUUGGACAGCCCCAUAUGCUAUCAUAUUUUACUGAGAUACAGUAUCACUGCAAAUAUUCCCUGGGUAUAAUAAUUUACCAACAGUCACUCAAACUUUGCGUACAAUAUCUCAAAUUUAAUUAUGAGAAAAUUUACUCAAACGUUUUUACUAAAAUUUCAAAUUUACUCCAUCUUUUGAGUUUAAGAUUUACUUUACUAAAAUGAAUAAUAAGAUAAUUUGCUCAUAAAUUUGAAUAAUUUUACUUAAUAUUAUGAGUCACUGUUGGUGUAUUAUUUUACGCAAGAAUUUUUUAGUAAAAUUGUUUUUGCAGUACUCACUAUUUUACAAUAUUUAGCUGUUCGAUGCAGCGAGUUGCAUCACCCUACAAAUGGAAGAAUAGUUGCACAUUCAAGGUACUGCGGAAGAAAACAAACAGAAUUUUUAUGUUAUUCUGGUUAUCAGUUAAGAGGUUCAAGAAGAAUAACUUGUCAGAGUGACGGACGCUGGUCUACAGCGAGUCCGACCUGUGUCGGUAAGUUUUAAUCCUUUAACAUUAACCACUUACCCAGGGUCUUUCUUGUUGUGGAGAAAAGUCCCUGGUAGACACUGGUCACGUGACUGCUAAAAUCUAGCAGAUUUCUAAUUAACUAUCUUGGAUUCCUUUACAGUAAUCAUUCAAUGUUUAAUUAUUAUAAAUUAAACUAUAAAAAUUAUCAAAAUAUUAACUAUUCAUUACCUCAUCUUGGAUUGCUAAUUAAAAAUCUGCUAGAUUUUAGCCGAUCAAGUGACCAGCGUCUUCCAGGGUAUUUUCUCCCCUCGCCAAGAGGAAAUACCCUGGGUACGAGGUUGGUUAAACAUUUCUUUCAGUUCUAGUUCUGUUUACUUCGAACCCUCUUGAGAGGCGGUGCACGCGUUACCUUCCCCCGCCUUUCUGUCGAGCUGGAAUAAUAAUGCGGUGGCUAAGGCCCCGUCCACACGUAUUCGGAUUCAUUUGUAUCAGUUCGUUGUCCGAAUUUGCUUGUAUCCUGCAAAUAUUUUGCUGCUAAUACGCCUUCCGUCUACAGGUACAAAUUCUGAGUUUAUUGAGUUUCUCGCUCAUUGGUGAUCGGAUUUCCCUGCAAGCUAUUCAGCCCAUAUCAUCUCUUUACUGAUGUCAUUGUAGUGGGUGGCAAAGGCGUAAUGCGUGACGCGUGAUUAGUGCUUAAAUUAUCUCUUAAAUGAUCGUGAAAGGACGAAUUGCGUGACUCGUGAUUUGGACAACAAAAUUUUGUGAAAAUGUUGUUUUAUAACAAUUAUUUUUUCCUUGAAAAUUUACUUUUCGAAGUCGCUCAGAACAAAGUUGCGCAAACUCAUAUCAACUCGUAUUGCCUAAUUCCGAGAGCUCCCUUCUCCAAUAGUAGUCCGAGCAAGCGCUUUUUCAAAUGUACAAACUGGAGGACUUCAAAGCAUCAAUGACAGGUUAUGAAAGUCAUGAAAAACAUUGCCAUAUAGUCAUACGCAGAGACUUUACUUCACGAUUUUUACGAUUUUAUCUCUUUUUAUCGCCAUCAGUUUAGUGUUGUGGAUUGUUAUUAAUUAAUAUGAAACCGAAAUUUACUUCACAUUCAUCUUCGAAAAAGUUGAUGGCAUAGCACUUGUUUCAUUCUUUGCAUAUGAACCUUCUGCGAACUCCAGACAGCCUAGGCAAUGUGGAAAAAGAAGCGCACAAGCUAUAACAAGGCAAAGUUUAGUAUACCGAUUUAUGAUAUUCACACGGAAUUCAAGAUUUUGUGAAGCAAAUAAUAUAACUGAAUUCAAUGACCUGAAACAUAUCGCGCCAGGUAAAGGUCUUGGACAAAAUACAGAGUCACUUCAUGCUGUCAGUCAUUUUAAGCACCCCACAUGUGCACCUCUUGAUGUUCACUAACUGUUCCUUUAACAUUUUGUUUGCCGGAAAUAAGUAGUACUAAGUCAAUUGUAUGUGUGUUAUUGUUAGUGUGAUUAAAAAAGCAACAUAUUUUGUUGUUUGAAGUGUGAUUUAAUGUUUUUGUGUAUUUAGAAGUUAUUUCUAAAUACAGCUUGCUGUCUUUAGAAAUAAUUCUAAACAUAGCAAUUAAAUAUAUUUGCAUAAUCUUUUGUUUGUACCCCUCAAUUUCCCUAUUGUUCAAGCCCUUCCCACUUGAAGUAAUUAAAGUCCUGGUCUAGACGGGGUAUCUAGAUAGAUACACGUGAUGUAAAUUACACCAUGUCAUUGGCCGAAAUACUAUGAAUAUCUAAUGAUGUGUGAGAAUAUGUCUUCAACGUUUUUAUUCGAUCGAAUCCUGAAGUAAUUACAAAUUACUGGUUAUUAUCUUUUAAUAAUGCUUUGUGUUUUUGAGAUCCCAAUCCCAACGUAGCACUUGGAAAACCUGCUUCUAUGUCAUCACAUUGGACGACGCAUAGUGGACCUGCAAGUGUUGUGGUUGAUGGCAACAGAAGUGGAAUAUUUCUUCAAACCAAUUUUGAAUAUGGAUCAUGGGUAAAAAUCGAUUUGCUAAAAGAGGUAUUGCUUGCUUUUCUCACUUAAUUGCAUGCUAAACUGUUCUUUCUAAACUGCUUUACUACAGGAAAUCACCGGAACACUCGUGGUUUUUCGCAGACUUAAUCUUGAAGCAUUCUUCUUAGAUGCAUGCGACGACUGAGAUAAAAUUCUAGCAAGACAGCCACAUAGGGCAGGAAGCUAGCCAUUUGAACACGCAAUAAGCAUUAUCCCAUAUUCAUUGCUAAUCUUUCAUUCGUCUUAUAUAUUCUGCAUAUUUUCUCAAUAGUUCAUUUGAUGAAACGUAUUCUGAAAGAAAGGUUGAUUAUUUGGUUAAUUGACUAUAUCCAUGAAGGGACCGGUCAUAAAGUAACUGCUAGGGUUUGAUGGAGUGAUUUGGGAUGGGCCAUGGAAAAUCUUUGGGAAGUUUCGAUGUGCCUCCAAUUUUUUGUAUGUCCACGGUUGAGCCACCAAACAAAAACCCAUGUUAAUUAUAUAUUACAUAAACUAAGAUAUUAAUAAUAAAAGUAAACAAAACUAUCCAAAUUAUCAAAUUCAAAAUAUGCUAUUGAAGCUAGUACUUUGAAGUGGUCGAAUCUCAGCGAAUACAAUUAACCAACUGGAGAGCAGCUCAGUAUCGUAAUUGGUGUUGAAUAUGUUGGUCAAGCUUGGUGGAAUUAUAUAUGUCAAUACAGUGCCAGUGUAAAUUUACAAUGUUCAUACCUGCAAGUUUUUAUUUUAUUAUAAAUGUGUAUUUUCCCAAUUUAGAUUGAGAGGGUGGGUCAUUAAAUAAAUUUGGUAAGAUUAGAUGGGCUUUGAAAUUUUUGUCUACAUCCUAAGAUGGGUCACCAAACUUAUUCACAAAUUUGUGAUUUACCUCCAGCCCACCCUAGCAGUUUCUUUAUGACCAGUCCCUAAGGUUGACUGAUUUAUUCAAUGUCAUUAAUGUUAAUGUUAAUGUGUUUUCGCCGUAUAUUUUUUUGUCAAUUAUUGAGUCAAAGAUGUAUAUGCAUGGUCCCAGUCUUAUUUCUGCAAUUUUGGCGGUAAGAUAAACUGGGGUUGUUUGCACCACUAAGAAUUGUUAUGGGCAAAGUUGGCAAAGAUCCACGAAAAUUGCUAAAUUCUAAGAAUACAACACAAAACAACAUAUAUAUCGCAAUACAAAACUACAUCGCACAGUACAAUAUUGAAUGUUAUGCAGUGCAGUGCAAUGCAAUACAAUGAAACGCAACACAACACAACACAACACAACACAGCGCAAUGCAAUGCAAUACAGCGCAAUGCAAUGCAAUACAACGCAAUGGGCAAUGUCAUUAGUCUCACUGAUUUUCGUAUUAAUUAGUGUGGUAUUUUUUAAUCGUCAAACAUGCACAGACAGAUACACAUGCAAAUAACCACACAACGACUAGGCCAUUGCAAGGGGGAGGGGGGGGGGGGGGGGGGGAAUGCAAUAAUCAUUCGGUAUUUAAUAUUUGCAUCAUUGCACUAAUUGUAUUUAGGAUACGGUUUCAACUGUGAUCGUGGUGAACAGAAGAGAAUGCUGUUUUUGGAGGAUAAAUGGUUUCAAGGUAUCCGUUGGGAACAAUGGUAACAAGGCGGGGUCAAAUACAAAAUGUGGUAGACGAUCAAUAGCUAAAGAGGGGCCAAAUAUUAUCCAAUGUCCCAAGAUGCUACGAGGAAGAUAUGUAUUCGUGUAUAUGCCAAAGAAAAGGUGGACUACAAUGGCCCUGCUUGAAGUCGAG